ACCAUUUGCAGCGCGGCAGUCGCGUUCGGAGGCUGGGGUGCGGCGUGUCUGUGUGUGGUGGGGAAUGAUAUUGUGCUGUGGAUUUUGACGCGUGUGAUAGAGCCGGCCUUCUUUGGAGUGAUUGGUUCGCAGGCAGCGAAUGAUCUGUGCUCAACUGUAGGGGUCCACUGUAGGGGACAGUGGGCGCUAGAGGCCUGGGGCGUUUGCGUGAGCGGCCUUGGAUGGCCCUGCCCGCGGCGCGAGCUAACAUGGAGGUCAACCCCGACACCACCAACAAUCGCCGAGCUUAUCGGGAAAAGACGGCCGAUCAGCGGACACGACUUUCGUAGCGCGGGGAGUGAGAGGCAGCCGGACUGCCCUGCACACCAAAGGUAAUGUGUUCAGCCGGCCGCCAGCCGGGUCCGCCUGCAGCGUACCGUGCCAGAUGGAUGAGGCCAGCGGCCCGGCCCGGCCCGGCACCCCUGCCAGCGGCUCAUCCCACUGCACGGCCGACUGCGUCAGCGCCAUCGGCUCCCCGGAGCGACCCUCUUCGCCUGCGGCAGUGCGUGGAGCCACUGAGAAGGGACGCCGGAUCGGGCCCCCGCCGGCGACCACCGAACCCGCCGAGCUCAGCACCAGAGAGCGCUACCUGGCCGCACAAAACCGGAUGCUCAAGUCCACACUCAUCAAGACGCUGGAGAAGCUCCAGGUUCAGGUGGAGGCCAGCGGCCGGGCGCGCCGGCUGCUGAGUCGACUGCUCGCCCUGCGUGGCUCCGGCUCGGAGUCGCAGCCGGGCCGCACUGCUGGCCCUCCGCAGGAUACCCCGGUGCCGGACGACCUUUACGCUCGAUACGCCGCCCUGGUGAAGCAAAACUACCAGCUGGAACAGGCGCUGGGCCGGGGCGACCGGGCGCCGACCCGCUCCGGGCGGGCCGAACUGGACGAAUACCGCGCACUGGUGGGCAUCCAGAUGAGCACGCUGCAGCAGGACUGGCGAGACGAACGCGACGAGAAGGAGCGCGCGCUGGCGCUAAACGCCGAGCUGCACCAGCAGGUGGAGCAGCUGCAGCACCAGCUGGAGCAGCUGAGCGCGCGCCGGCCACUCUCCGAGCCGUUCGAGUCGCUGGAGCCGAGCUUCUUCACGGGCAGCAGCAGCUGGGGACCCGAGUGUUCGGUCCGCUCCCAGCCGCGACACGGGAUCCCUCCACCCGGUGUCGGCCAGACCGUCAGGGGCCUGCAGAGCACGCGCUCUACGUCGCGGCACGCGCCGGGCCCGCCGCGCUCUGUGGAGGAGGUGCUCUCGGCGCCGUACGAGGCGAUCCGCACGGAGCCACUGCCACCGCCGAGGGCCCGGCCGUCGCCCCCGGUGGAGUCGGACAUACGCCGGCCUCUGCCGCCGCCCGGCCGGCAGCCGUCCGCCCAGCGGCGGCCGGCGCCGCUGCUGGCGCGCGACAGCGGCUACUCGGACCUGCUGGCCGCCGCGCCGGGCGACGGCAGCGAGCCGGGCCGGUCGGCCAGCGGCGGCUCGGCCGAGGGGCACGCCAGGGACUGGGAGCUGCCGGCCGAGCCCUGCACGGCGCUGCCGCCGGCCAGCGCAGACACGGGCGCGGCGCACCAGAUGGUGUGUCCCCACUGCCGGACAGUGUUUGCGCCCGACCAGCACCUGCUCUAUGUGGACCACGUGACGACGGAGUGUCCGGCGCGGCGGCGGCGGGGAUGUGCCUCACGGACCUGCCCCGGCUGAGCUUGGCGCGCGCUGCGGUGUGCUCCGACCAAGUUGCCGCCCCGCGCCGCCGUCCCGGCGCCAAGUGUGCUGAGAGGCGCCGGUGCAGCCAUUUGACUGUGGGAACCCGUCGUUCCCGCCUGCUUUUACAUGGUGGUCGGACGUUGGUCACCAUACCUGCACAGUAAUAUGAAAUACAAACAUUCCACUCGACCCGAUUCAGUGGUAGAUGGGCUAGCCAUGCUACUUUGUUCCUCAAUGAACGUGAAUAAUGAAGGUGGAAAUGGUAUCGUGCUUUAUUGGUUUAUUUGUGCCGUGAAUAGAUUUGAAGAGAAUCAAUGAAGGUGAUAGAUGACUUACACUCAAUUCGCUAUUGUGAAGACCGAAUCUGAGUUUAUAAGUUAUUCACCGCGCCCUCCAGGAGAGUAUUGCCACUUGAAUAAAUACAUCGCUCACCAAAUGAAUAAUAGAAUUGAGGCGCUGUUUUUCUUUUUUACAUUGACUCGUUCACUCAUGCUAAGUAGCUGCAGCACACCAAUUGUACGUGAAGUUGCUGUUCACCUGCCUCAUUGCGUAUGUGAAACAUUUGAGCACGAUUAUUGGGUAGUAGACGUGAUUUCAAGGUGUAUAUGUGGCGAUGUGUUUCGACUCAUCGAGAGAUUCAGUGAUUAUGCUGGGACGCGCCCCAAGGCCUCCUUUCCUCAAUCGUGUUUUUAGACGAUUAUUUUUCAAUCCCGUUGCGACAUUUUCAAGAGAUGCUUGAACACUUGAGUUUGAAAGGAUCCAUGGUCGUAUGUCAUCAUUAUGUCUGACUUUCAACUCUAAAAAUUCUUGUCAAAGACACGUCGCGAUUGUCGCAAAGCGCCGUCAUCAUGCUUUUUUAGCUGUGCGAAUGCUGCUCACUGCUGUUCGCUUGUGCGAAUAAUGUCGAUUGCGCCUCAUAUAAUGGAUUGUAAUGCUUGAUUGAUGGUAGUUUUGUCGCUGAAAUACACUACUGUUUGCUGUGA